AUGCUGGGUUACGAGAUAUGCGUGCUGUCCGGAUCGGUGGGCAAGGUGGCCAACCUGGGAGUGCCUGAUAUUGUGCUGUCCAACAUGUCCGAUGUGGUGGACCAUUGCCGCCGCAUCACCCGCAUUUCUGACGUUUCGCUGAUGGUGGACGCCGAGGACGGAUUCGGCAAUGCCGUGAAUGUCGUCCGCACCGUCCGGGAAAUGGAGGCGGCGGGCGUGGCCGCGAUUGAGGUUGAGGACAAUUUUGUGCCCCGUCAGUUCAAUGUGGCCGAUCCGGGCCUUGUGUCCACGGAGGAGCAGGUGGGCAAGCUGGAGGCGGCGGUAGCGGCCCGCACCGACCCAACGACUGUCAUCGUCGCCCGCUCCGCCGCCCUGGGCCUGUGCCCGCUGGAUGAGGCCCUUGAGCGCAUCAAUGCCUACUCCCAGACCGGUGCUGAGGCCUUGAUGCUCACCGGCUCCAGCAGCCGGGAACAGCUGGAGGCCGUUCACGAGGCAUUCCUCGACGCCAACGGCGUGCGCAUCCUGAUGCUGGGUAACCCCACCUACGCCGUUGCGGUCAAGGCCAUCUACGACAGCCUCAGCCAUCUGAAGGACGGCGGCGCGAUGGAGGAUCUCUCCGACCGUCUGGCCUCACCGGGACUGCUCCGACAGGUCAACCGCACCGAGGAGUUCAUCGCCCUGCAGGAGCGCUAUUUGCGUCAAUGA